GCUUGAACUUGGACCGCACCACACAUUCUUCGAGGCAUCACAUCAAACUAGAGGAACUGCAAUCCAUCCCAUUCACCUCAACACACAACAACUCACGCUUGGUUCUCUCCGUUUCUUUUCAGUCAUCCACCGGCUGCCGUCAGCGAGCUGUCUCGGCUCCCUCACAUUCACUUCAGCUACCAGUAACAACCCAGGCCCCUCGUCACCAUGGCGGACCAGGUCUCCGAUCAGGCCAUCUCACAGCUUGCCGCCAUUACCGGCCUGCCGGCAGAUCAGUGCGGAACCGCUCUGGAAGCCACCAACGGCGAUCUCGAUGCCGCCGUCAAUCUCUUGCUUGCCGCCGAGUCCGACGAUGUCGCGCCUGCUGCCAGCUCAUCAUCUCAGCCCGCCGUGCCGGCCGACUACACCGGCCCACGAACACUCGAUGGCCGACCAGCUCCCGAGGCCGCCUCCUCAUCGUCUCGCUCUGCUGGCAAGCGCCCCCAGCAGAAGAAGAAAGGCCUCCAGACACUCAGCUCCAUAGGCGAUCGCGGCGAUGACGACGAUGAGGACAGUGAGGACGACGACCCCAGCGAGCGCCGCGAUACUUAUGCCGGUGGUGAGAAGAGCGGCCUUGCGCUCCAGGAUCCGGGCAGGCGUGGCCCCUCCGACCCAAAGAAGAUGCUGGACGAGAUCAUUGCCCAGGCGCGCAACAACUCGCAGCGGCCCGAGCAAGCCGCGCCUGCUGGACCAUCAGCUCCCCGAUCCUUCCGCGGCGCCGGCCAAACUCUCGGUGGUGAAGGUGUCGAGAGUCGAAGCAUCCCCGAUCCUCAAGGGCCUCAGUCUGGCCACCACAGAGCGCAGGCCGGAGGGGUUACCGAGCGUGUCCUCCACAUCUGGACCGACGGCUUCAGCAUCGACGAAGGCGAGCUCUACAGGUUCGACGAUCCUGCCAAUGCUCAAGCUCUCCGGAUGAUCCGGAUGGGACGUGCUCCCGUCCACCUGAUGAAUGUGGGCAUGGAUGAGGAGGUCGACGUCAAACUUCACGAGCAUCACGAGGAGUGGAAGCAGCUCCCCAAGAAAUACAGGCCCUUCGGUGGUGAGGGCCGGCGUCUGGGCAGCCCAGUUCCCGGUGAAAUUGCACCAGUGCCUGCCGCUGCAGCCGCGCCUGCUGCAACAUCUGCUUCUGCCUCGGCCUCUUCGCCCUCGUCGACCGUCGACGAGUCGCAACCGACAAUCACCAUUCGUAUCCAGACGCUGGACGGCGCUCGCCUACCCGCACGGUUCAACACCACCCAGACCGUCAGCGACGUGUACGACUUCAUCUCGAGAGCAUCUCCAGGUCUGGGCAGCUCAGGCUGGGUGUUGGCCACGACUUUCCCCAACAAGGAUCACACAGACAAGUCGUUGGUCCUGGGAGACAUGCCAGAGUUUAAGCGCGGCGGUACGGCUGUUGUAAAACGGGUGUAGACAGCGAAGAAUCAAACAGACUUCAGUGCAAAAGAAAUGCAGCAGGUAUGGCCUCGGGAUUGAGGCGUAUCUUAAAUCAAGUCUCUGCUCAAGCCGGAGCUUCAAGUCAUUGCAAAUUAGUACAUAGCCGGGUCUUCAUGGCCUAACAGGUAGCAACGUGGAAUCAAGGGCUACGAGCUUGUCCUGCAACUUGUUCUUCAGCGAUGUUGGUCGCAGCUUGGUCUUUACAGUAUGCAAAC